UUACGACAGACUACCACAUGCACAGAAUUAAAAGGCAAAGGGUCACCGGUCCCAUUCAGAACACACAUCUAACGUGAAAUGCACACGACUAUUAUACGCCCGGCUAAGAAACGGGAGCACCGACUUCUUUCUCGUUUUAAAAAAAAAAACCCCACAAUUGCGAUUUCUGCUCUUGGGGUGACCUCUCCGCAGAAGUAACCAAGUCACGGUGUUUUAUAACAAACUGGGGGGGCGGCAUCCGCACGCGAUUAGAUAAUCGCGGGGCAUUUCUGAGCCUGGGAAAACAGGACGACUUUCACGGUACCGGCCACACAGCGGCACUGACAGAAGACCCACCCCCUUUAAAAUACGCGUAUGCGCCCAUUCCAAGCCUUCCACUAGACGCGGAAGACGGACAUAUGUAGAGAUAAACAUUGAAACAUUAGCCGCCGAUCCCGUGCUGCUGCAUUUUUGUGGGGGGUUGUAAACCCCGACUGCGCAGGCGCGCCGCCCGCAAGGGGUUGGCGGGGAGUGUAGUUUCGGGACGGCGGGGGCUCCGUUAGGGUAGUCCGCGGGCCCCGUGGGUAAGAAAACCACAACCCCCAGAAUGCAAAGCGCGCUCACCCAGAAACGUCAACGAGCCAGUGAACAUUAAGCGGAGCAGACCAAAAUCCCAAACAAGGAAAUGAUGGGGGAAUUGAACGCUUAGAUUAUUUAAUUAACACAUUUAAUAAUUAAUAUUUUAUUUUUGUUGUAAAUUAAGAAGUAUUUAUGGGUUAAAAUGGAUUACGAUUUCAAAACGAAGCUUGCAGCCGAGAGGGAGAGAGUGGAGGAUCUGUUUGAAUAUGAAGGUUGCAAAGUGGGUCGAGGCACCUACGGGCAUGUUUAUAAAGCCAAGCGCAAAGAUGGGAAGGAUGAAAAAGAAUAUGCACUGAAACAAAUUGAAGGUACUGGAAUAUCAAUGUCCGCCUGCCGGGAGAUCGCGCUGCUCCGAGAGCUGAAGCACCCUAAUGUGAUCGCACUGCAGAAGGUCUUCCUGUCUCACAGCGACAGGAAAGUCUGGCUUCUCUUCGACUAUGCAGAGCACGAUUUGUGGCAUAUUAUAAAGUUUCACCGCGCCUCCAAGGCCAAUAAGAAGCCCAUGCAGUUGCCCAGAGGGAUGGUGAAAUCACUGCUUUAUCAGAUUCUCGAUGGGAUUCAUUAUCUUCACGCGAACUGGGUGCUUCACAGAGACCUCAAGCCAGCCAACAUCCUGGUAAUGGGCGAGGGGCCAGAGAGAGGAAGAGUGAAAAUCGCUGACAUGGGCUUUGCAAGGCUUUUCAACUCCCCGCUCAAGCCCCUGGCGGACCUGGACCCAGUGGUGGUGACGUUCUGGUACAGAGCCCCCGAGCUCCUGCUGGGAGCGCGGCAUUACACGAAGGCCAUCGACAUUUGGGCCAUCGGUUGCAUCUUCGCCGAGCUUCUAACAUCGGAGCCGAUCUUUCACUGUCGUCAGGAGGACAUCAAGACCAGCAACCCCUUUCACCACGAUCAGCUGGACAGGAUAUUCAGUGUAAUGGGCUUUCCUGCAGAUAAAGAUUGGGAAGAUAUUAGAAAAAUGCCAGAAUACCCCACACUUCAGAAAGACUUCAGGAGAACAACGUAUGCAAACAGCAGCCUUAUCAAAUACAUGGAAAAACAUAAAGUGAAACCCGACAGCAAGGUCUUCUUGCUGCUGCAGAAACUCCUUACUAUGGAUCCAACGAAAAGGAUCACUUCAGAGCAGGCUCUGCAGGAUCCUUAUUUCCUCGAGGAUCCCUUGCCUACAUCUGAUGUUUUUGCUGGAUGUCAAAUACCAUACCCUAAAAGAGAAUUUCUUACUGAAGACGAACCCGAAGAAAAAGCUGAUAAGAACCAGCAGCAGCAGCAGCAGACGGGCCCCCAGCCUCAGGCCCAGCCUCAGGCCCAGCAGCAGCAGGCAGUGCCGCAGCAGGCCCCCUCACAGCAGAGCGGCGCCCAGACCAACGGCACGGCGGGGGCCGGCGGGGGGGGCGCCGGGGGCGGCGGGCUGCAGCACAGCCAGGACCAGGGACCCCCCAACAAGAAGCCGCGGCUCGGGCCGUCUGGGGCGAGCUCCGGCGCGGGCGUCAUGCAGUCCGAGUACCAGCACUCCAGCUCACGACUGGGUUACCAAAGCAACGUCCAGGGUUCUGCUCAGUCGCAGGGCACUAUGGGAUACUCCUCCUCGUCUCAGCAGAGCUCCCAGUACCCUCACCAGUCUCACCGGUACUGAGGCGCUUCCACGAAGAGAAGCAGAAUGGAAACAAAAAAGGAACCAAAAAGACUGACCGUUUAUUCUAGGCCUCUGGUGACGAAGAGCACCAGGAAUUGUUUCAUUUUGUUCCCAAUGUUACCUUGCCUUUUUUUUUACAGUACAAACAAACUAAGAAAAAAAAACAAGGACUUUUUUUGUGAUACUAUUAAAUAGACUUGUCUGUCUAAACCCUGCCAUACAGACGAUGCUGGGGUUGAACCAUAGUGCUUAAAGUACAACAGUUCUUCUCGAAGAGGAAUUGCAGACCUGUUAAUUUCUAUACAGCACCUUUUCUAUGUGUUUUAACAAGAGCCCCGUUUUGUUUGCUGCUCCGUAGAGUUUUAAGUUUACUUUCGAGCUCUCUUGUUUUGUAAAUAUUUUUAUAUACAGGACUGGGGGGGAUGAGCGCGCGGGAGAAUGCCCUUAUCCCCCCCACGCCCCCCCCCACAGACUCUGAUCUCGGAUCUUGAUGUCCUGAACAGGAACAAACCUUUCUUCAGCAGCUGCAGCUGCAGUCAGCUUUUUAAAACCUAGCUCGCUUAGGAGGAGCAGCAGCUGAGCAGCCUGCAUGUCCUUGCAGGGAAUAUCGAAAUAUACAGUAUGUAUACAUUUAUGCUCAUAAUGUUUUGGGUUUUUUUUAAUAUGGAGCCAGGCAGCCUGUAUUUAUACAAAUGUGCACUACUGGAUAUGCUGACAGAAUCCUCCCCUCCCUCCUGCCUUCCGAGGAGAGUGAACAGAGAAGACUGCUGUCGCACGAUCGUGCUUGGCAAUAAAGCAGAAGGUGCUCCCGUUCCGCUACAGGUGGGAUUCCUCUCUGCUUCCUGGACAUCCGCACAGCUCGACACAGGGGUCCUUUCCAGACCAGCGCUAGAAGAGAGAUGGCACAUUUCGGUCCCUGAAUUCAUUGAGACGGGGGAGUGACCCUCACGAUCCUCAGCCUAUCACUGCACUCACCUAGGAGACUUUUUAUUUUUUACUUGGGAUUUUUAUGAAGCAUUGUUUUUAUAUCUUGCAGCACUUGUUUUCUUUUUUCUUCUUGUGAAGAACAUUUUUGUAAAGAGCAGUCACUGAUGGGCUGUUCUCUCUCUCUUUUUCUUUUUUUACACUAAGAGCUGUCAGGCUGUGUUGCUCAGCUGCCCCAUGAUGGUAUUCUUGGAGUUAUGAUUUAGGAUUUUGUGGAAACAGCAGCCCUUUGCAGUGGGAAUUAGGAAACGGGGGAAGCUGGUUGCGUCUGUUGUCGAGACCAUUACCUCAUGCUGAUUAAUUUUGUAAAAGUACCGUUUGGCAGUGGUGUUGUCAGCAUGGCCUGUGAAAGGUUCAGGGACAGAGAGAGAGAGUGGGAUAUUCUAAAACACUUGGGUGAAGACCCAGAUAGCGUGGCCCUACACACACCAGAUGGAUGGAGCACUGAGUAUUUCAUUGAGCGGCAUGCCAGACAAUGUUUUAUUAUUGUUGUUGUUGUUACUCACUUUGGUGGUAUCUGUCCUGUGAAAAUAAGAGACCGGAGCUACAUUGCUGGCCUCCAACAGAGACUAAUGUGAAGAUGCGGAUAAUGAUGCACACCGAAACACCAGUUGCCAAGAAUGGGGUCUGAAUCUCAGAGGCCGGUAUAAGGCGAUGCCACAUCGCCCUCUAAUGGUCAGAGAGGGAAUUGAGAUCCUUUCCCACACCUCGUUAAGAUCUCGUGAAACCUCCUGGAGUGGUGGUGUCACCAAGAAAAGUGACCCGGAGUGUUUUUUUAAGCAGCAGAUACCAGUCGUCCCUUUGAUCUCUUUUCCCUUCUGUUCUUUUACCCACAUAACUGUGUGAGGAUCCAAAAAAAUCAUGUAGUCCUGUCUUGUCAGCAUCAGGGAGCUUACUGGUAAGGCGUAGUUGUACACACUAUCAGUACUGCCACUGCUGCUCAGACAUUGGAGAGUCUGUAGCGUUCGUACAUGGAAACAGUUUCUGACCUUGUCAUGGUCAAGUAGCAAUACAAACUUGGAUUUUUGCAGGAACUCCACAGUCAGGAGCCUUGUUGUUGACCGUUCGUUGACAACAUGAACCACCUGAAAACAAUUUUCAUGACGUCUGAUGAAACGACUGCCUUUCUCCCAGUUUUCUCCCUUCUGUGAAUCACCAUAGACUGACAGAUAAAAGAGCUGUUGUAACCCAGAACUUGGCAGCCCUCCUUGCUGGGUGCCAUGAGGUGAAAGUCAGAUGUGUAAAAGGCACUGCUCCUUUUUUAAACACAUUUCUUAGGACUGAUCCAGCCUUUUUGUAUAUCUGUUUUUUUACAAAAAUUGGUUACAUGUUGGGGUUUUUUUUUACGGAACUGUUUUAAUUUUUGUUUUAGUCCCCCAAAAAUUGCUGAGUAUGACCGUUGUGAUAUACAGACUUCAAGAAUUGUGGUAUACAAUGUAACACAUAGCAGCAGCAGCUUUUUCUUAAAGGAAGAUGUAUAAAUGACCCUUUUUGACACAGUGUUAAGGUGUUUCCUGAAAACCUUAGUGGUAGCCACAUAAUGUACUACUCUAAAGCAGUAGAUACCAUACUAAAGCUCAUGAUAUUGUGUUGAUUUUAUCUCAGAAGUGUGUUGCAACUGUACUCAUCCUCUGUUUCAAUGGCAGGGCAUUAAUGCGAGUCUGUUGUUCCUAUGCAAAUGUAUAUCUACCCGAAACAGAUUGGAAAUAUCAUCGUCAUUUCACUUGCAGAAUCAGUCAGUACUGUUUUAGAUUCCCGCUACUCCUUGAAAAUCUUAUGUUUUACUUUCCGUUUUUGGCUUUGGUCUCCAGCAGUCCAGUUUCGGAAUCAGUACUGUCUUUUCCAGAGGUUGCUUUGCCUUUUUGUCAGAAUCUCCCGUCCGUAUCAUAACACAAGUGAGGAUCCCAGACUGAAUUAGAAAGGUCCCGACCGGAGGCCUUUGAAUUUCGGGAUUCAAAACAAGACCUGUGCUGUACUGUAAAAGUAAGUGGAGGUUCCUACGUUUCCACUGAUGUGUGACGGGAAACACCCUGCAUUCUGGCGUGCUACUCUUACAGUGACGACGCACUUCUGCAGAAGGGAGUACUGUAUAUAGCAAAUAGCAGAAUGGAGCCUGGGGUAUACAUACUGUAGGCUUUGGAAACCAGUUACAGCAACUGGUCUAAUUGGAUUCUGACUGGAGUGAAAGGAAAACACAUGAUGAAGAGGAGGGUGUGCUUCUGUUUGGGAUGAUGUUUAAAUGCUUUAGGGUAGUAAUGCCUCCUGUGCAGCAGUGUUAUUUUCUGUGCACGUGUGUUAUUCUAAAACAGCUGUUGUCGGUAGGGAGCUCUUCAGCGGUUUUGUUCUGGCUUCUUCAGUUUUUCUUUUUUUUUUUACUGAAGUGAUGCACUUCAGUACGUGGACAGUGCCUUUUGGAGUCUGGGUAUUAACCUCGGCGUCACAGUCCAGUUCUAACCUCAGUUUUGCCUUCUUGAAGAGGUUUGUCCAUUUCCCCAGCUUGUGUCUUUGCCGAAUUUGAUUUAUUUGCAGCAAAAUGUGACGGUCGCUAGAUAGAGUGCUCUUAAAUGAAUUUCUGUCUCAUUAAACAGAAUAUUGUGGAAAGACGGUUUAGUGAAUGAAAUGCUUUUCUGUUCUAAGGAAUAUUAACUAUCAUCAUUUAAAUGAAUUUGAAAUAUUGUACAUAAGACCACAUUUUAAGAGUUCUUCAUUAUCAUGGAAUAGAAAAAUGUAUUUGCUAUGGUAAUUGUCCUUAAUGCACUGUUAUUGCCGAACUAUUUAGUGGUAAAUUAAUACUAUUUAAUAUGUUUUGUUUGUUUUUGUUUUUUAAUGUCUUGUUUAGACACUAAAAAAUGACAAAAGAAAUAAGGACAGAGAAUGUCCAUUUUAACAAUCAUGUAUGAGAGUUUUUUUAUAUAGUAUAUAUAAACAAUAGUGCACUUCUAAAACUGCACCUGUUCACAUUGCCCCUUGUUAAUGUGUGUUGCAUGUGCUUGUCUUUUUCAGUCCAAACCUUUCAGCACUUAAGUCACUCAUUCAGUUAUGUGUAUAUAUAUGCCAAUACAUUCACAGAGACUGGACAUAAGUAAAUAGAUGCCCAAGUUUGGAAGGAAUACACGUUGUCUCAUGAUACAAUACAGUGUCUGCUGCCAUUAGGCAGCCCUGUGCUCUGUUUCUUAGUUGUCUCAGUUUCUUUCAGUGUUUAUGUUGAAUUUGAAUGUAGGAAAGAAACUGGCUAUGCUGUCAACCAGACACAAGACCAAUCCUCAGUUGUGUCUCAGAAGCAGAAGCCUUUCCUGCGCAAAGUCUGGGUUUCACCAAGUGUUAACCCCCAGAGCACUUCAGAAUAAAAAUCCAUAUCAACUUUCACCCCCCCAAAGACUCAAAAUGGCCUACUUAAUGCAAAUAAAGCAAAGAAAUUUGGGUAAAGGUGUAAAAAAGGCUUUUCUUUCCAGAUCUGGGUGCCUGUUUCCUUACAUCUGUUUUCUGUGUGUGUCUAUACUCGGACCUUAUUUAGAAUAUCUGCUGUGAUUCCAUAGCUUUUUCAACUAAGGCAAUAUGAGAAUAGCACAGUGCAGGAAAAAUAAAAAAUAAAAAAUACUAGUACAGCUGCUUUUAGCAAAGUUGUCUUAAUUUCACUGUAAAAAUGACUGUUAAAUGAGAAAAAAGUCAUGUAUAUUUAUUUUAUAUUCUCUAUUGUAAUAAAAUUUCUUUUGCUUCA